AAAAUCAAAACAUCCGGACUUCUUUGGCGAUAAAAAAAAGUGUGUCUGCCUAAUAUAAGGAAAUUAGUUCAAUUAGCACCUGGCUGAUUCAGGCACAAGCUCUUACGGUGUGUUCAUAAGUGAAUACGGUUCACAAAAUAAAGCAAUAUGAACCAUCAGUUAAAGAGUACGACCAUCAUUCAGCCGGGGAUGCUACAAUAAUGACAGUAAUAGUGCGCAGUGGACGUCGUGCAGGAUCCACGAGAACCUGCUGGACGACAGAGCACAGAAACUCCGGGGAAGUUUGGCUCGCGAGCAGUUCGGGGCAGAACAGUUUUCGCAGACAUGGAGCUGACUGCACAGAGCCACAGAAUCCCUCUCAGCGAUGGGAACCAUAUUCCACUGCUGGGAUUGGGCACAUACGGGGACCCUCGAACGACACCCAAAGGCACUGCACUUGAGUGUGUCAAGCGGGCCAUAGAUGUGGGUUACAGGCACAUUGAUGGGGCGUUGGUGUAUUUCAACGAGCACGAAGUGGGUCAAGCCAUUCGAGAGAAGAUUGCUGAUGGAACUGUGAAGAGAGAGGACAUCUUUUACUGUGGAAAACUCUGGAACACCUUUCAUCCACCAGAGUUGGUGAGACCGGCCUUGGAGAGGACACUGCAAACCUUAAAACUAGACUAUGUGGAUCUGUACAUCGUUGAGCUUCCUAUGGCCUUCAAGCCUGGAAAUGAGUUCUAUCCAAAAGACGAGAAUGGCAAACACAUCUACCACCACACAGACCUCUGCGCAACAUGGGAGGCUUUAGAGGCUUGUAAAGACGCAGGGCUGGUUAAGUCUCUGGGAGUCUCCAACUUUAACCGCAGACAGCUUGAGCUGCUGCUGAAUAAACCUGGCCUCAAACACAAACCUGUAUCCAACCAGGUUGAAUGUCAUCCAUAUUUCACACAACCCAAACUUAUGGAGUUCUGUCGUCAGCAUGACAUUGCGAUUGUUGGCUACUGUCCAAUCGGCUCUUCUAGAGAUCCUUCCUGGGUAAAUCUGACAUCUCCUCCCAUGCUGGAGGACGAGCUGCUUGUGUCCAUUGGGAAGAAAUACAACAAGAGUAGCGCCCAGGUGGCUCUGCGCUUCAAUGUCCAGAGAGGAGUCAUAGUGAUACCUAAGAGCUUCAACCUUGAGAGGAUCAAACAUAACUUCCAGAUAUUUGAUUUCUCACUCACUGAGGAAGAAAUGAAAUCCAUUGAAGCACUGAACAAGAAUAUUCGUUUUGUGAAUCUGCUGAUGUGGAGUGACCAUCCAGAGUACCCAUUUCAUGAUGAAUAUUAAUUGUUUUUUUUGUGUGUAUGUUUUGCAUCAUAGACAUGGACUUCCAUAUUUCACCAAUAAAGUCAGUACUGAUGCAUUCUCAUAUCAAACACCAGAGGGCACUAGUUCACAGUAAAUGGAAGAGAUCAAUAAAAAGACUCAGAUGAUCAGGUUGUUUACUUAAAGAGUUUUUAUGCAAGACUUACAGGACGCUCAUGUAACAUUUAAAAGGAGUUCAUGAUUAGUUAGCACUGAUUUGAAAUGAACUGAUGCAACUGUUGCUAUAAAUAAAGCUUGAUUUGAAAUGAA